AUGGUGAAAGGUGCUAUAUCGAUUCUCCGCGGCUCUAGCGGCGCGCGAUUCGUGAUGACCACAUACGCGCGAUUUAUCCUUUUCUGUGCCAUAUUCGUCUACGUAAGUUGUCAAAAAGACAAGGAAGCGGAGGAGUUCGUUUGCCCCGAGGGAGCGCAGGGUAAUGGAAAUUUCGCAGACCCCGCUACGUGCAGACGAUUCUAUCAGUGUGUCGACGGCUACCCGUAUUUGAAUAGAUGUCCCUCGGGCCUCUACUUCGAUGAUAUUAGCAAGUAUUGUACAUUUAAAGCCGAGGCACGGUGCGGCCCCAUUGCCACAACACCAGCACCGAUUACCGAAGCUCCAUUAGAUUUAGCGACUAAAUGCGAUCUAUCCGAAUGUGAGCUGCCUUAUUGUUUCUGCUCCAAAGAUGGAACUCUCAUUCCGGGUGGCUUGGAGCCGGAAAACACGCCGCAAAUUAUUAUGUUGACUUUCGACGGCGCUGUCAAUUUGAACAACUACGAUUUGUACAAGAAAGUUUUCAAUGGAAAGAUACUCAACCCGAACGGUUGCCCAAUACGCGGCACCUUUUUCCUGUCGCACGAGUACAGCAAUUACGUUAUGGUGCAAAGCCUUGCUCAUGACGGGCACGAGAUCGCUACCGGUACGGUAUCCCAACAACAAGGCCUCCAGGACAAAGGUUACGAGGAAUGGGCCGGUGAAAUGAUUGGAAUGCGGGAAAUACUCAAGAAAUUCGCCAACAUAUCUCGCACAGAAAUCGUCGGAGCCAGGGCACCAUUCCUAAAGCCCGGCAGAAACACGCAAUUUAAGGUGUUGGAGGACUUUGGAUAUAUUUACGAUAGCUCUGUUGGCGUUCCACCACUUCCGAUACCGAUAUGGCCUUACACCUUGGAUUACAAGAUACCCCAUGAAUGCAAGUCAGGCACAUGUCCAACAAAGUCAUUCCCUGGUUUAUGGGAGGUGCCCUUCAACGCACAUUACGUGGAAUCCUAUGAGGGCGGACACUGCCCCUACUUGGAUCAAUGCGUAUUACACAACCACGACCCAGACGAGGUGCUGGAAUGGCUGCAGGAGGAUUUCAAUAGGUAUUACGAGCAGAACCGUGCACCGUACAUGAUGCCGUUCCACACUAACUGGUUCCAGAUUAAAGAGCUCGAGCAGGGCCUCCACAAGUUUCUCCGUUGGGUGGCUGAUUUGGACGACGUGUGGUUUGUGACGGUAACCCAAGCUUUAACUUGGAUGACUGAUCCCAAGCCAGCGAAGGCGCUAAACAAUUAUGAAGCGUGGAAAUGCGACAAAAGAGACUUGCCAGCAGCGCCCUGUAAUCUUCCCAACAAAUGCGCUCUCUCAUUCAAACAUCCCGAGACUAAUUUCACCGACACGAGGUACAUGGAAACUUGCAGCGAGUGCCCCAAACAGUUUCCAUGGUUGGGUGAUUCUGGUGGCACAGGCAUUUCAGGUAAAGACAACUACAUACCUGACAAUUUGAAAAGGAAG